AUGGGCAAUGACAAAAAACGCAGAUCUCGAAGUAGAGAGAGAUCUGAAAAAGGGAAAGAUAAAAGAAGUAAAAGGUCUAGAUCUCGAAGUAAAGAGUGUUUAGAUAGACAUAAACGACAUAGAUCUCGUUCUAAAGAUAAAUAUGAUGGUACUUCUAAUGCACAUGAUAGCUUAAAAUAUGAAAAAACAGAAAGAACAGAUAACUAUAGAUAUACUAAAACGGAAAAGGAUAAACAUGAUGAAAGAAAAGAGUCAAAAGAGAAAAGAAAUAAGGACUUGAAAAGAAGAAGUCCAACACCUCAGGAUAAUGAAAAUUUAAAAUUGAAAAGUGAAACUAUUUUAAAACAAGAAUCUGUAAAAAAAGAACCUUUGUCAUUGGAAGAAUUGCUUGCUAAAAAAAAGGCAGCAGAAGCUAUUAAAAGUAAACCAGUAUUUUUAACAAAAGAACAACGUGUUGCUGAAGCACUUAAGCGGCGUCAAGAGGAAGUUGAUAGGCAGAGAAAACAACAAGAAGAGGAAAGGAAAAUAAUUGAAGCUAUUCAAGCUAGUAGACAAGAUGAUACGAAGAAAGAUGAUAGGGAAUACAGAAGAAAUCGUGACAGAGAAAAAGAAGAUGAAAAGCAGAGGGAUAAAGAUAAAGAAAAAGAACAAGACGCCAUUAGAGAAAGAUAUUUAGGUUUGGUUAAAAAGAAACGAAGGAUCAGACGUCUGAAUGAUAGAAAGUUUGUGUUUGAUUGGGAUGCAGGGGAAGAUACGUCACUGGAUUAUAACUCAUUAUAUAAAGAAAGGCAUCAGGUACAAUUUUUCGGCAGAGGAAAUCUUGCUGGUAUAGACAUAAAAGCGCAAAAGAGAGAUCAAAGUAAAUUUUAUGGUGAACUAUUGGAGAAAAGAAGAACAGAAGCUGAGAAGGCACAAGAAAAGGUAAGGCUGAAAAAGGUUAGAAGAAGAGAAGAAAAACAGUUGUGGGAUGACAGACACUGGACUGAGAAAGAAAUUUCGGAAAUGACAGAAAGAGAUUGGCGUAUUUUUAGGGAGGAUUAUAAUAUUACAAUAAAAGGUGGAAAAAUUCCUGAACCUAUACGUAAUUGGAAAGAAUCUGGUAUACAAAAAGAACUUUUGGAAAUUGUUGAAAAGGUGGGAUAUAAGGAGCCAACUCCAAUUCAGAGGCAAGCUAUUCCUAUUGGUAUGCAAAACAGAGAUAUUAUUGGAGUUGCUGAGACUGGCUCUGGUAAAACUCUUGCAUUUCUGUUUCCAUUACUUUCAUGGAUUCAGUCUUUACCUAAAAUCGAACGCACUGAAGAUGCCGAUCAGGGUCCUUAUGCCAUUAUUUUGGCACCUACUCGUGAAUUAGCUCAGCAAAUUGAAGAAGAAACAGUCAAAUUUGGUCAACCUCUCGGUAUUAGAACUGUAGUAGUUGUUGGAGGUUUAAGUAGAGAAGAACAAGGUUUCAGACUCAGAAUGGGCUGUGAAAUUGUAAUUGCCACUCCGGGACGUCUAAUUGAUGUAUUGGAGAACAGAUAUCUAGUUUUAGCCCAGUGUACAUACAUUGUACUUGAUGAAGCAGAUAGAAUGAUUGAUUUAGGUUUUGAGCCAGAUGUCCAGAAAAUUUUAGAGUACAUGCCUGUUUCUAAUCUAAAACCAGAUUCGGAGGAGGCCGAAGACAGUAGAGUAUUAUUAGCAAAUUACAAUAGCAAAAAGAAAUAUAGACAGACAGUGAUGUUUACAGCAACUAUGCCUCCCGCAGUUGAAAGACUUGCUAGAACUUAUUUGAGAAGGCCUGCUGUUGUAUAUAUAGGUUCCAUUGGUAAGCCAGUGGAAAGGGUGGAACAAAUUGUACACAUUAUGGGAGAAAAUGAUAAGAGAAAAAAACUUAUGGAGUAUCUUUCCAGAGGUAUAGAACCACCAAUUAUAAUAUUUGUAAACCAGAAAAAAGGCGCAGACGUUUUGGCUAAGGGUUUGGAAAAACUUGGAUACAAUGCUUGUACUCUCCAUGGAGGUAAAGGGCAGGAACAAAGAGAAUACGCCUUAGCAAGUCUUAAAUCUGGUGCUAAAGACAUUUUAGUUGCAACUGAUGUUGCUGGAAGAGGAAUCGAUAUUAAAGAUGUCUCUAUGGUUAUCAAUUAUGACAUGGCUAAAACUAUUGAAGAUUAUACUCAUCGUAUUGGUAGGACAGGACGUGCAGGAAAAACUGGUAUUGCUGUUAGUUUUUGUACAAAUGAUGAUUCAGCUCUUUUCUAUGAUCUUAAGCAAAUGCUUCUUUCUUCACCUGUUUCAAAUUGUCCACCAGAAUUGAUGAAUCAUCCGGAAUGCCAAAUUAAACCAAAUUUACCAAAAAGGAGAAGAGAUGAAAUGAUUUUUGCCUAAUAUGUUACAAAGUGAAAAUUAAGAAAUUGGAACCUGUAAAAAUCUAUCUUUAACAUUGUUACUGCCGAUUGUUCUAGCAUCAUAAAUAAAGACAAUUUGUUGCAAAGAUUUA